UAUUUACCUAUAUAACUUCAUUAGGUGUGAGGGUGAAUUCAGUUCGUAUUUGGCAGUUGAACGAUUAGGAUCGCUUAAAAGAGAAGAUAUUUUAAUAGGCUCAACGUUUCAUCAAUCAUUUAUACUGAGUUGAAUAACUGAUGAUUCUAUAAACAUUGGAAAAUAUUAAGAUGAUUAACAACAAAAAUUAGGUCAAAAUUGCCGUGGAAAAAAAUCAUAUUGAAAUGGAUGCUUCGAUGGUAAAAGGCGAAAUCGGGAAGGACAUUUACAGAAACUCCGCGGAUGAACAAUUCCAUAAUUGUUCGACAAAAUGUGAACCGCCGAAUUGGAAUCCGAAAGCGUGUCAUUAUUACUGUCCAAAUUACGUUCCCAAAACAAAGGCUUUACUCACCACAACCUUAUCCACUACAUCUACAACAAAUGGAAGUAUAUCACCUGUAAAUAACCCCGACCAAAGUGCCCUCAUCAUUGUUGUGGCUGUAGUCGUAAUUUUAAUAGUAUUGCUUGGAUUCGUGGCAUAUUACUUGAUCAACAAAUCAAGGCAGAAAAGAAAGAUUCCGAAAGUAGGUAUCGAGGAAACCGGCCAGAAUCCUACUGAAGAAGCUUUCGAGCUUACUGUGAUCGACGAGACUGCCCAGCUUAUGCCUGGCCAGCCCGGUCCAGCGCAAGCGGCGACUACUUCCGGUGACCCUAACUCCGGUACGCCCUUAAUACCUGUGCGUGACCAUGAAGAAGAGCGAGGAAGUUUCAUUCCGGAAGCGGUAUCUGAUGUUGACAGUGAGGUGGACGACAUAAAUGAAUCACAGACUGAUGAAGCAUUGGCAAGGGAGGCUCAGUGUCGUCAAGACCGUCUGUGUGCUGAUAAGGAACGUAUAAAAGACGACAACGCGAUAAGGGGAAAAAAGAAUGCACGGAGGAUGUUUGGUGAGACAGAGCCUUUGCCUAGUGAUCACAGUGACGACCCAGGCACAGCCAACACAGCCGCCGACGAUCAACAACCGGUAAAGAACUCAACCUCAUUUAAAGACAUGAGCGAAGCAACAGCGGUUCCUGAGACAAAAAUUCCAGAGGAGAGCCAAAAGAGCACAAAUCAAAGCACAAGUCCACGAUCACAGAACUCAUCUAAUAAUGCGACAGCUCCUUCUAGCCCGGCCACAGAGUUAGUGCAAUCCGUGCUCAACGAGGGGCAACGAAGAAUGCACUCAAAUCGGUCUUUUGUCCCCAGCAGAAAUAAUGUUUCUCUAGAUCACCAUGACGACGGGAAGCAAACUGAAAACGCUCUAAAUGGACAGACCUUGAAUCAAAGCGUAACGCACUGAGACGUUUGUGUGAUUUCAACACCAUUUCCUCGCGUGUGUUCAUCUUUUCAUUCCUGUUUAUGUUUCAAUACAUCUAUUCUUAUAGUUCAUUAACUGUUUCUUGUAGGCAUUAUAAGCUAGGUUAGUGAUUAAUUUUCUUAAGAAUAUCACCAAUUCAUUUCUUUUCCACCAUAGGACCAACUUAUCAACGAUCACUUUUUCUUGUCAUUAUAAUAUCUUUUUUCAAAACUAAGAACCGUAAGCGUCCAUUAGUACAAUCACAAAGUUCUACUAUAUCUUAAAUUGUAUUACCACCUGAUAAUUGCUCAAUUAUAGCGAUUCUGUGAUUCCAUCUACAUAUUAGGUAUCUUAUUUAUUUGGUAUUUAAGAAUUAAGCUCAAUAGUUAAAUGUUAAUAAUAAUAAUAUUCUUGUUUGUUUUUGUUUUUGUAUAUUUUACUCAAUAUUCUGGUCAGUUGUGUGGAUGUGUUCAUAUUGUUCAUAUUGCAUUUACAUACGAUACAGUGCUUUCUUUAUACCAUUGUUACAUUUUAAUAUUGCUAUUCAUCAACUCUUUGUUAAUAAAAAAUAAGAAUUA